AUGCUGGCACACUAUGCUAAUGAGAAGCAUUUUCCACAUCAAACUCUGGUAGCACCCCCUUCUGAUGCUCGCUUCAAAAACUGGUAUACUGGAUCUUAUCUGUUAGAUGCAGUUGACUCACUACAACCUCCUACUAGAGAAUUCGCCAAACCUCUGCUAAUGUCAAUAUGUGAUGCCAUCAAAUCAACUGCACAAGGACAGGCGUCUGCUUGUGGUAAACUGGAAGCAGGAGCUCUUCGAAAUGGAACAAAGGUACUAGUUAUGCCUUCAGAUGUUGUUGGAACAGUACGCACAUUGGAGCGUGACUCUAAUGCCUGCUCUGUUGCAAGAGCUGGAGAUAACGUAGCUGUAACGUUGCAUGGUGUUGAUGGAAGUCAUGUAUUGGCUGGAGUUGUAUUAUGCCAUCCCUACUUUCCUGUUGCUGUUGCAAAGCAUUUAGAGUUGAAAUUGCUUGUCUUGGAUGGUGCAAGUCCCAUAUUGGUUGGCGCUCAGUUAGAGUUUCAUAUUCAUCAUGCAAAGGAACCUGCUAGAGUUUCAAGAAUAUUGUCGAUGCUUGAUCACAAGACUGGUAAGGUGACCAAAAAGUCCCCUCGCUGUCUCGUGUCAAAACAAAGUGCAGUAAUUGAGGUGAUUUUGAAUGAGCCAUGUAGGAAGUGCAACAAAUUCCCAUUGAAGUCGCACCAACAGGGUCGUGCAAAGAAUCGAAACAGAUGUUCAAAAUUUUCACUGCGGUAA